CUUUAACAAGUUUUUAGCUAUGAUUUAGAAAAAGAAUGUACAUAAACUUGAGGGGAUUGAACUUGUUAAAAAAUAAGUUUUUGCAGAGGCUUCAGUUUACAGGUGGGAUUUUAGACCUCUUUAUCUAGAACUUCUCUGGAGUAUGGUGUCAGCCUGCUUUGCCAAUGCUGAUGUCCUUUUGUCAUACGGCUUUGUUUAUGGGGUUCAGCACUUCUGAUAGAUGGUCAGUUAGGAAAUAUGCUUUAUUAAAAGCCAAUUCUGACAUGCUUUCUUCAUGUAUUUUUCUCAUUUUCAAACCUUGCCUGUUAACUGUUGAAAAAUGAAGCAUAAUUUUUUGUCUCUGGAAUGAGAAAGAGGGAUUUUUUUCCCUUUUCAACUGCAGUGAGGGAAAUGAAUGAAAGUUCCCUCAUUUUGUAAGAAGAUAAUAUCUGGGUGGUAAAACUGAGGUUUAGCACUUUGUCCUCAGCUACUAAAAUUUAAUUGAAUGGGUGAGAAGUGGAGGAUGCCUUAAAUAACUAAAGCGAAACAAGUAAAAUCCACACACAUCGACAACAUGAAAGGACCUACUGUUGAGUUGGAAGCCACAUGGUAUUAUUCCAUCCUCACAAUCUUACCAAACCUGUGUGAGGAGAAAGUCUGAAUCGAUUUUUAGAAUGUCUGACCAAGAACCAAGGGCUUUCUGCUUACCUUUCUUGUAACAGGGGUCUGCCGAGCACCUUUGGAAGGGCUGCUUGCUGUGGCACCUUAGUGGCACCCACAUGCAGCUGUGGGUCACAUCUCUUCCAGGGAUUCCAUCUGCCCAAACCAUGGCUUGUUGUGGGAAAUGGAGCAUACUUGUAAUCCUGUGAGCUCCUUUGGUGUCACCUGUCUGCCAGCUGUGGGACUUUGGAUGGAAUGGAGUUAUGCUGUGAGCUCUCCUGGGUUCAGGGAAUCUUACCCCUCUUCAUCACCAAUAUGGUUUGUAGAAUCAGAUGACCCAAACCUGACUUCAGUCUUAGAGCGUUUAGAAGAUAUUAAGAAGAGCAAUACUCUGCUUCUUCAGCAGCUGAAGCGAUUAAUAUGUGACCUCUGCAGAUUAUAUAAUCUUCCUCAGCAUCCAGAUGUUGAAAUGUUAGAUCAGCCAUUGCCAGCUGGACAGAAUGGGGCAACAGAAGAAGUUACAUCAGAGGAGGAGGAAGAAGAUGAUAUGGGUGAAAUCUCAGCUGUGAGGUACUUGGAUACAGAGAAUUGGACAUCUGUUUGUGCUUUAGUCAAACAAUACAUAACAUUGUGUGCCAAAUCAGACAUUGAAGAUCUGGAUCACUAUGAUAUGAAGGAGGAGGAACCAGUUGAUGGAAAGAAAUCUGAGGAUGAAGGCAUUGAAAAAGAGAACCUUGCAAUCUUAGAAAAAAUCAGAAAAAAUCAAAGGCAAGAUCACUUAAAUGGUGCAGUCUCUGGGUCAGUUCAGGCUUCAGAUCGACUUAUGAAAGAACUCAGGGAUAUAUAUAGAUCACAGAGUUAUAAAACAGGGAUAUAUUCAGUGGAACUGGUAAAUGACAGCUUGUAUGAAUGGCAUGUUAAGCUUCUCAAGGUUGAUCCUGAUAGCCCACUGCAUAGUGAUCUUCAAGUCUUAAAAGAAAAAGAAGGUGUAGAAUACAUUUUACUGAACUUCUCUUUUAAGGAUAACUUCCCUUUUGAUCCUCCCUUUGUGCGAGUGGUGUCUCCUGUGCUCACAGGAGGGUAUGUCCUAGGUGGAGGUGCAUUAUGCAUGGAACUUCUUACAAAACAGGGCUGGAGCAGUGCCUACUCAAUAGAAUCAGUCAUCAUGCAGAUCAAUGCCACUUUAGUCAAAGGAAAAGCCAGAGUACAGUUUGGAGCCAAUAAGAAUCAAUAUAAUCUAGCAAGAGCACAGCAGUCCUAUAAGUCACUAGUACAAAUACAUGAGAAAAAUGGCUGGUACACUCCUCCAAAAGAAGAUGGCUAAGGCUGAGGACUGUUGUAUACCUGGACCAAUGUCAACAAAACAAGCUCUUUUUUAUGUUUUCCAACACACAGACUCAAGCUAUGAGUGCCCCUAUAACAGCUGUACUGAGGACUUUAGCUAUUAGAUAAGUUAGUGGAUAAUCUGUCAACUGACACGUACAGUAUAAGUUACAGCCUUACCAUUCCGCUCUUCUUAGGCAUCUGGACUGAGCAGUUUGGGCCUUUACCGUAUUUGUUCUUAUGGAGUAAGCAGAUUUGGGCCAUGCCCUCCCUUCUCCCUUUUUUUAUUUGAAAGCAUAAACUCUCCCUGCAGCAGGCUAUUGACUUACUAAAGAUCAUACAAUAGGAGUGAGUUGUUCACACACUUCUGUGUAUUUCUUACUUUUUGCAAAAGGCAGACUGCAGAGACUUGCAUUGUAUUGUUUCAUUUAAAGCCAAGAAGUUUAAUACAUUGUUUAAUACUGUUUUAGGAAAUGUCAGGUCUUGCAAAUCACAGUAGUUUUUCUGGUCUAAAAUGACAGAGUUUGUAGUAUUUUCCAAAUUAAUGAUAUAGGAAAAACACAUGUAUGUUAAGUCAUUAAACAUUUUUCAUGGCUGUAUGAGAAUAUGAACUUUUUAUUGGAAAAGAUGCUCUUUGUUUAGAUUAUUUUAAUUUUUUUGUUUGUUUUUUUUUUAUUUUGUUUUGGUUUUAUGCAGAGCAAGGCUGUGCCAAUAAAACCUUGUAACUAGUCACGUCCACUGGGGCAUCAGAACUUGCUGGGCUGUUCCUGCUACUUGUUGGCUCAAGCUCCUUAACAAGAGCCACAGUAUGAAGCUUGAAGUUAUUUAAAAUACUAAAAACCUUUUUAGGUGUUCCAUUUUAUUAACGGGUUGUUGCAAUCAUUUCUAAACGAAUGAACUUAUAAAGUGAUUGGCACAAAUUGAGAUGAAAGUCCUUGAAUGAAAAAAUUUUAUAUAAAAACGACAGUAAAGUACAAAAACAUGUCAUCCAGUUAGAGGCGUAAGAAAUGCUGCCAUAGUCAUGACGGUGGCUUUGUUAUUGAAAGACUAAUGGGAACUGUUCUUUCUUUAUUAGGAGAUGAGUCUGGGUCUGUGUACUUAAACAAUUUCAUUGCCUUACCGGAAUCGACUCUUAUUUUGGUUGUAGUACUUACUAGUCCUUAGGCGUGUGCACUCCUCGGGGCCGAGCGAAGGGUGUGUUCCAUGGAUUAAGCAUUUCAGAAGUGCAGAAGCAUGUUUUUAUGGGUUUUUUUUAGUUGACUAUCGAACUUGUGCUCUUUUCUCUAUCAGGCGCCCGCGGGUCCUUGUGCAUUUGCUUCUAGAUCCAGUUUUUAGCUCGAAAGAAACGACCUGGGCGAGGUUUAGCGCCGCUCCCAGGGCGCGUUGUUGCGGUGCGCCGGGGCUGGGGCGGCCCCGGCCUCCGCCCUGCGGCGCAUGCUUCGGUUGGGGUUCCGUUUCUUCUGGCAGAGUUCCUCGGCAAUGUACAGUAAUUUGUAAACUUGCAUCAAGUUUAUGAAUAAAAAGCAUUUUACGAA